AUGAAAACCAGCACAUCGCUUCUAAUCUGUUUAUUUGGCGUCUUGUCGAUUGUGAAUGGCCAAGACGAGGCCCGUCUAAACGCUGCACAAGAGUGCUGUUUGGCUGGAGAUGGGUGCUGCCAAAAUAUCAUUCGUCAAAUAAACCCGAUUUCAAUGUGCACGUCGAUUCCGGAUAAGAUAAAAACCUACGAAUGCGUUAACAAAAAGCUCUAUCCGGAGCAGAAAUGGCUGGAUAUGACCAACAAAGACGCACUCUGCACGAUCGUCUUUGAGCGGAUCUGGCCGGAGUUGAUGGAUCAUCAGAAGACAUCUGGAUGUGCGGCAGCGUGCCACGCGGCUGCCAAGUCACCCUCCCUCUCCAACGACGACAUUACCAACACGCUGCGCAUCUCCUGCACCCUGCAGAAUCAGCGAUACAAGUGCUAUCGUCGCUGCCUUGAUCAACUUGCCGACGGUAUCAUCAAGUCUCCCUACGAUUGCGAGUGCCAGAGGCGAGAGCUUCAAGUCGCUGGCUAUCUCCUUGGACCGACGAAGCCAAGCCCAACCAUCAACUACGAGCCGGGCAUGACGUGGGAGCAGCUGCUGAAGCGCGCUGCCGAGGCAAUC